AUGCCAGGGGUGAAGCCAAACGAGCUAUACCAAAGGGAGAGUGAAUUGGAAGAGGAGUUAUUUUGUGAAAGUAAGAAGGUGGUGCAUGCCACAGAGGGGCUGGAUUGGGAAGACAAAGAUGCUCCGGGGACAUUGGUUGGAAACGUGGUGCACUCAAGGAUCAUCAAUCCUCUGCGCCUGUUUGUUAAACAGUCUCCAGUCCCAAAGCCUGGACACUUGGCGUAUGCGGACAGCAUGGAAAACUUUUGGGAUUGGCUGGCCAACGUCACCGAGGUUCAGGAGCCAUUGGCAAGAACUAAACGGAGGCCGAUAGUAAAAACGGGAAAAUUUAAGAAGAUGUUCGGAUGGGGUGAUUUCCAUUCCAACAUUAAAACUGUCAAACUCAACCUCCUCAUCACAGGGAAAAUUGUUGACCACGGAAAUGGAACCUUCAGUGUUUAUUUCCGACAUAAUUCCACAGGCCUGGGCAAUGUUUCAGUGAGUUUGGUACCCCCCUCCAAAGUGGUGGAAUUUGAAGUUUCCCCGCAGUCUACCUUGGAGACCAAGGAGUCCAAAUCUUUCAAUUGUCGCAUUGAAUAUGAAAAAACAGAUCGGGCGAAGAAGACUGCCCUGUGCAACUUUGACCCCUCGAAGAUCUGCUACCAGGAGCAGACUCAGAGCCAUGUGUCUUGGUUGUGCUCCAAACCCUUCAAGGUCAUUUGCAUUUACAUUGCCUUUUACAGUGUUGAUUAUAAACUUGUGCAGAAAGUCUGCCCUGACUACAAUUACCAUAGCGAGACUCCAUACUUAUCUUCUGGCUGA